AUGGGUAGAGAUCACACUUCUAAGCAACACAUCAGAUCUGGUCACAGAGAAGCACCAAAGUCAGACAACGUCUACUUGAAAUUAUUAGUUAAGUUAUACUCUUUCUUAGCUCGUCGUACUGAUGCCCCAUUCAACAAGGUCAUCUUGAGAUCUUUGUUCUUAUCCAAGAUCAACAGACCACCAGUGUCUGUCUCAAGAAUCGCCCGUGCUUUGAAGCAAAAGAACGCCGGUGAAAAGACUAUCGUUGUUGUUGGUACCGUUACCGAUGACAACAGAUUGUUGGAAUUCCCAAAGGCCACCGUCGCCGCUUUGAGAUUCACUGCUGGUGCCAAGGCUACCAUCUUAAAGGCUGGUGGUGAAGCUAUCACUUUAGAUCAAUUAGCUUUAAGAGCUCCAAAGGGUCAAAACACCUUACUUGUCAGAGGUCCAAGAAACUCCAGAGAAGCUGUUAGACACUUCGGUUUCGGUCCACACAAGAACAAGGCUCCAAGAAUCCAAUCCACUGGUAGAAAGUUCGAAAGAGCCAGAGGUAGAAGAAGAUCAAGAGGUUUCAAGGUCUAA